CCCGCUGCUGUCGGCAGGAGGGGCUCGUAUGGGUGUGCACGGUUACAGCUGAAGGAAAUAUCCCCAAACUGAAAAGUUAACCAUAUCGCGGUAUCCUCCAGCAACCUUAAGGAAAUUUGGAAAGCUGCGAUUCCCGGAAGCUAACAGAACACUCUUAAUUGGAGGAGUCUAUGAAGUAGACCCAGGACUCCUCUGCUAGGUGCUGCACAAACACAAAAUAGAGACGGUAGAUGACUGAAGAGGGAUGGUGACUGAAAGGUGUUUUUCCCCCAUGAGUGCGAGAAGAGUGUCUAGUUAAAAGAAGUGAAUGCUAUGGAGGACAGCAUGACCACCAUGAAAGGAAGCUGCCUUCUUGUACUACUGUUGGCAGGAUUUGGAGUAUUGGGAAUACUGGAGCCAGAUGCAGAAGAUAUUCACUGUCACAAAGCUGUGCACCCGGUUAUUGCAUACAAGGAAAUUGCCCCUUGGUUACACGUGUUCAGAGCAGAAGAUGCUGUAGACUUCUCACAAUUAACAUUUGAUCCAGGACAAAAAGAGCUUAUUGCUGGAGCAAGAAACUACCUCUUCAGGUUGCAACUCGAGGAUCUCUCUCUAAUACAGGCAGUGGAAUGGCAAUGUGAUGAAGCUACUAAAAGAGCCUGUUACAGUAAAGGGAAAUCAAAGGAGGAAUGCCAGAACUAUAUUCGAGUGCUUCUGGUUGGAGGCAACCAUCUCUUUACCUGUGGAACCAAUGCUUUCACUCCUAUUUGCACGAAUCGGACGUUAAAUAACUUGACAGAGAUACAUGAUCAAAUCAGUGGCAUGGCUCGUUGUCCUUAUAGUCCCCAGCACAACUCCACUGCACUUCUCACUUCCAGUGGGGAAUUGUAUGCUGCUACAGCCAUGGAUUUUCCAGGAAGGGAUCCUGCCAUUUAUCGCAGUCUGGGAGCCCUUCCUCCUCUCCGCACUGCACAGUACAACUCCAAGUGGCUGAAUGAACCCAAUUUUGUGUCAUCUUAUGACAUUGGGAAUUUCACCUACUUCUUCUUCCGAGAGAAUGCAGUUGAACAUGACUGUGGCAAAACAGUCUUCUCUCGUGCUGCUCGAGUGUGCAAAAAUGAUAUUGGUGGCAAAUUUGUGCUGGAGGAUACCUGGACUACCUUCAUGAAAGCUCGGCUGAACUGCUCUCGUCCUGGAGAAAUUCCAUUUUACUACAACGAACUGCAGAGCACGUUCUUUCUGCCAGAAUUGGACUUGAUCUAUGGGAUUUUUACCACUAAUGUGAACAGCAUAGCAGCCUCAGCAGUUUGUGUUUUCAACUUGAGUGCCAUAACUCAGGCAUUUAAUGGACCUUUCAAGUACCAGGAAAACUCUCGCUCUGCUUGGCUUCCAUAUCCCAAUCCUAAUCCAAAUUUUCAGUGUGGCACCAUGGACCAGGGUUUGUAUGUGAACCUAACUGAGAGAAAUCUUCAGGAUGCUCAAAAAUUCUUCUUAAUGCAUGAGGUCGUCCAACCAGUUAUUCCAAUUCCGUACUUCAUGGAAGACAACAGCCGAUUUUCUCAUGUGGUUGUGGAUGUUGUGCAGGGCAAGGACAUGCUCUUCCAUAUCAUUUAUCUUGCCACAGACUAUGGCACUAUUAAGAAAGUACUUGCCCCAAUGAACCAAACUUCAAGCAGCUGCCUGCUUGAGGAAAUUGAACUCCUGCCAAAGAGUCAGCGGGAGCCCAUCAGGAGUCUUCAGAUCCUGCAUAGCCAGAGUGUCCUGUUUGUGGGCCUUCAGGAGCAUGUGAUUAAAGUCCCCCUGAAGAGAUGUCUGUUUUACAAAACAUUCAGUGCAUGCAUUGGAUCCCAGGAUCCUUACUGUGGCUGGGACAUGGUGAUGAAGAAAUGCACAACUCUGGAAGAAAGUCUGAGCAUGAGUCAGUGGGAGCAAAGCAUUACUGUGUGUCCAACAAGGAAUCUGACGGUGGAUGGACAUUUUGGGACAUGGUCACAGUGGAAACCAUGCAGCCACACGGAUGGUGCCAGCAUUGGCUCCUGCCUCUGCAGGACCCGUGUGUGUGACAGUCCAGCUCCUCAGUGCGGAGGGUGGCUAUGUGAAGGACCAACCAUGGAAAUUGCCAACUGUUCCAGAAAUGGAGGCUGGACACCAUGGACUUCUUGGUCACCUUGUAGUACCACUUGUGGAAUAGGCUUUCAAGUGCGUCAGCGCUCCUGCAGCAAUCCAACCCCUCGCCAUGGAGGACGUGUCUGUGUGGGACAGAAUCGUGAGGAGAGGUACUGCAAUGAGCAUUUGUUGUGCCCCCCUCAUGUGUUUUGGACAGGCUGGGGUCCAUGGGAACGCUGCACGGCUCAAUGCGGAGGGGGGAUUCAGGCUCGGCGUAGGACAUGUGAAAAUGGUCCUGACUGUCCUGGCUGCAGUGUGGAAUAUCAACCUUGUAACACCAAUGCCUGUCCAGAGUUAAAAAAGACAACUCCUUGGACACCUUGGACUCCCGUUAAUAUUUCAGACAAUGGUGGUCACUACGAACAACGAUUCCGAUACACCUGCAAAGCACGCUUGCCUGACCCAAAUUUGCUGGAGGUGGGAAGGCAAAGGAUUGAAAUGCGUUAUUGUUCCAGCGACGGCACCAGCGGGUGCUCGACAGAUGGAUUAUCAGGAGAUUUCUUGCGUUCUGGACGAUAUUCUGCUCACACCAUUAAUGGUGCCUGGUCACCAUGGUCUGCAUGGUCUCAGUGCAGUCGUGACUGCAGUAGGGGUAUAAGGAAUCGCAAACGGGUCUGCAGCAAUCCUGAGCCCAAGUAUGGUGGCCUUCCUUGCCUUGGUCCAUCUCUAGAGUACCAGGAAUGCAACAUUUUGCCUUGUCCAGUGGAUGGAGGCUGGUCUUGCUGGUCAUCUUGGUCAAAGUGCUCAGCAACGUGUGGAGGAGGACAUUACAUGAGAACCCGCUCCUGCACCAAUCCUGCACCAGCAUACGGAGGAGAUAUUUGUCUUGGCCUGCACACUGAAGAAGCCCUCUGCAACACACAGCCGUGUCCAGACAGCUGGUCAGAGUGGUCGGAGUGGUCCGAGUGCGACUCAUCUGGCAUGCAGCUUCGUGUUCGUCACUGCAUUCUUUUGUUUCCAGUGGGCAGCCAGUGCACGGGUAACACCACAGAGAGCCGAGCCUGUGCUUUUGACUCCAACUUUAUACCAGAAAUAUCAGUGGCACGAUCCAGCAGCAUAGAAGAAAAACGAUGUGGCGAGUUCAACAUGUUUCACAUGAUUGCCGUGGGAUUAAGUAGCUCAAUACUUGGUUGCCUUCUUACUCUGCUUAUUUACACUUAUUGCCAACGAUAUCAACAACAGUCCCAUGAUGCAACUGUCAUCCAUCCAGUGUCACCAGCUCCUCUAAAUACCAGCAUCACCAACCAUAUCAACAAACUCGACAAGUAUGAUUCUGUAGAAGCCAUCAAGGCAUUUAACAAAAACAACCUGAUUCUGGAGGAGAGAAACAAAUACUUCAAUCCACAUCUCACUGCAAAGACUUACUCUAAUACUUAUUUUACAGAUUUCAAUAAUUAUGAUGAAUACUAAUGGGCUUGUGUAUUUUCUGGCCUCCUGUAACUCCCCAAUCCCCAAGGCCUGUGCUACAUGACUGCUCAUGUGAUUGAGGCUUCAGAGAUGAAGUUCAGAGACAUUUCAAGCACGAUCCAAGCCGUCAAUGUCCCAUUGCUGCCAAAUGCCCAGAACACCUGUUUGUGACAUGCUGUUUUCUCUGCGGAGUGAAAGGUUGUUGGCCUUUGGUGUCGGGCGCAGCUGUAGCCCCUUGGUGUUGCUGAACCGCUCAUGAGGAACAUGUUGCUUCGCUGUUUCAUAAGCAUUCGGUCAGAUUUCUCUGACAAGGGACUGAGCAAUUCCUGGUACCCCUUAAAACUGCUCCCGGAGUACAAAUGCAAUUUUCUUUUUAGGCAUUGUCUUUUAUUUCCAUGGGUUCUGACAAGGGAGCUGUUAGCCACAGAGCCCUCUUUGCAGCCUCCUGAAGCUCACAUCACCACAGACAUCUUGCAGGGUGUUGAGAUGAACAGCAAGAAGAAGCAUGGUGGCUUAGCAAUGCACUGCAGCAGCACUAGGCUCUGUAGGGCUGAUCUUCCAGGGCUGCAGAUCACUCAAGCUGUAGUUCAGACAGCUUGUCUGACAGCUUGUUCAGAGGGAGGAGACUAAAGUUGUACUGACGGAUAUGAUCUUGUAAUGAAACUGGAGAGCUUCAGGGUAGAUGGUUUCCGCAUGUGAGCCAAGCUUGGUCAGAGAAAGCCUUCACACUAUUUGGCUGAAUUAUGAGGGUGGUAGAAGGGCACGUCCUGCUGGGAGGCCAAGACAGGAGGGCAAAUGGGAAAUGCAAAUGGGAAGGGCUGCUCGACUGCCAGGGUUGUGGUGGCCUACAGUCAGGCCAGGUAUGGGAUGAUGCAUCUGCACCACCAUUUGUGUGCUGUCUCAAGCACUGGUGGCACAUCGGCAUAAUCUGUAGAGCUGCUUUCCUCUAUCUAGCUUUUAUUUUAUAUGCACAUCUUUGACAAAACAAAGCAUCAUCAGAAAAUGCAGAUGUAUUUGCAAAGCAUAGUCUCAUCUUAUUGUCGCGUUUGGCCCAUACUAACCAGCCCCUAAAGGAACCUUCUUAUGGUGUUUUAAGUGAGUAUCUUGUUGGACAUCAUUGAUGUAAAUAUUUAAAAUCUCAUUUGAGUUUUAAAUUAUCAGUUUUAGUUCCUUUUGUAGUGGUAGGUGAAGAAACACAAAGGAUUUGUAUACUGUUUUUUCUUUGUUCUGUCUGUCUUCACUCACAUUCAUGACAAUGUCAUUUUUCAAGCUGAAAUUCCAGAUGUAGAAAUUAAAAGGGCAGGGGUUUGGGCCAGAUUUUCCAAAAUUCUUAGUAGCAAGACAGCAUUUGCUAUUCUCAUGAAGCUUGUGAGAAGAACUUUAAAACAAACAUUAAGGACUAAAGAAUUAGGCUUUCUUGGGCAUACUAGAUGCAAAGAUAUCCUACCAGAAUGCCAGGAAGGUAUGCAGGGAGGCAGAGUGGAAAUAUUUCCAUUCUUUAUUCAGAGCCCUUGAUCAUUAGGAUAUGCUACAGUAGGCAGACAGAGAAGAAAAUGUGCAGAUUAAAAUGAUUAAGAAUUGUGUGCAAGAAAAACACAAACUGCACAAAGUACCCAGAACAUUGAGGCUGUGAGACUGCACUUAAGCACCACCUUGGUGGUCCAGCCACACCAUAUGUAUCCAUGUCAAUGAGCAACAUUCUUGAAUGGAGAUAGGUCUGAAUGUAGCACUAUGCUUCCUAUCUCUGUUCUGCAUAAAAUGAGAAAAUGCAAAGCGAGUGGUCUUUGAAAAGCUGUACUGUAAAAUGAACACACAUUUACCAUCUAUGAAAAUAAUUGGGAUGAGCUGCCUUUUUUCUCCAGAUGAAUCAUUCUCCCCAUUGUUAAAAGAAAGUUCUCCCACCCUUGCACUCGUUUAUCUUUAGAAGGGUUGAUAACACCCAUUUUCCAUAUUUUAUUAUUGUUUUAUAGUUCAUUAGAUUUGAUUUUCCAUGAAGAAAUUACUGGACUGCCUUUGAGUAAGGGGAAAUUUUCUCUGCAAGAAUAUUUCAUGAAACAAACAGAUGGGGAAAGGCUCUCCAAAUCACAAGCAUGUCCAGUACUGGCAUCAGUCUGUUCAUGCCAAAAGAUAAAUUUUUACAAUUCACUACAUUUUAAAAGUAAGAUCUAUAUUGCUGCCAGUUUCAAGAAGAAGAAGCACAUGCACAUACUCGCAUGCACAACUCUUCUUCUCUGCCCCUGUACUAAGAGCACAUUAGUCUGGCUUGUGGAUUUUGUAUUUAGACUAUUAGUUAUGAAUCCAAUAUCUUAAAAAAUAUUUGAUGUAUGUAUUUUUAUUUUAACCUUUUUAAUAAAAUCUAUCUGAAAUAAGAUUAAAAAAUCUUUAGUAGAUUAAGGCACACUUAUCUUUACAGUGAUUUGUCUUCCAUUCCUUUCAUGAAUAGAUAAGUAUGUUAGAUGUGUUAUAUAUGCAAUGAUAAUAAUCUAGGUUAAGACUGCAUGAUCAUAGGUAGAAGUGCAUGUAGCAGAUGCUUGGUCUGCUCACACUUCCGUCUCCCAGAGGAGUUCUUCAGACAUUCAGAUCUCUGACCAACUCCGAUGUAAUGUAAUCUAAAAAUCACACCAACUUGACAGAAAAGUGUUCCUUCUAAACAUUUUUUUGUCAUUUAGCUUCUUAAGUUACAUUAUUUUAAAUCUCAUGCAGAGAUAUAUUCAGAAUUCUACCUAAAGCAAUUUAAAGUCUGAUUUUCACAUUCCUCCAGGGUAAAUGCAGCAUUUAAAUGAAAAUUUUAAAUCACUUCAAUGAGAAAAAUAUGAUUGCAAGGUCUCCUCAUCAAUCUAGACUCUGAGAGAACAGGUUGUAAAGCCAUAAGACUUUUGUGUCUUCGGUCAUUUUUAGAGGACCCCGGGGGCGUGCCAACUUCAUCAGUAUUUUCACCUUCUAAGUUCUGCACAGUUGCCUACAUGGUUUUUAAUACAUCCUCCUCUACUAUAUAGAGCAAAGUGAGGUUUCUAUUAAAUUUCAAUUUAUUUCAUUUAACAUAUUUUUAGAAAAUAGGCUACACACUUUGGUGGAAAGCAGAUUUCCACAUGAAGGCUCUAAUGUUGUUUUGUAAAAAAGGGAACAAAGUGGAUACUUGCAUGCCAAACUUAUUUAAGCUGACAAGUCUGAGAUCUCAGACUUGUACAAGGGAAGAAUUUGAUUCUUAUAGCAUUGUUCUGUUCUUGGAAAGGGAAAAGCAACUCCUUUAAAAUACCCCAUGUCCUUUCACAUGGAUAAAGUGACCUUUUCUGGAUAAAUAAAUAUCACCUCUAAUGUUGGUAAUUAAUAUUACUAAGCCAUUUUUACACUGAUUGCAUAACUUGUAAAAUGUUCUGGUUUGAACACAAACAUUUGAGUAGGGGAUCGCAAUCCUCUGAGUAAAUCUGUAAUUUUCCUUUCUGUGUAGCACUGCCAGAUGAGGUGAGGAGGAAGCAGGACUAGUAGUCUGAUCCUACAUGGUAAAUACUGUUAUUAGGUAUUCCAAGUUAGAACUGUGCUGCAGUACAUGUUUUGGACUUAGUUUAGUGUCUGAUGCAUAGAGCACAUUCCUCAAUUGCUUAGAAAAUGGACUCCUGUGCUUGCAGAUUUGAUUUGAGUCUGAUGACCUUUACGGCCACUUAAAUUACUUCAGGUGAAAGCUUUGUCAGCCAUUUGCAGUCACCUGCUGUUGGAGCAGUGUGGUUAGGCCAAAACUAAUCAGGAGAUUUCUAACUGGAAUUAGGGUUUUCUUAAGAGAGGAAGAGAGAGUGGGGUUUAAAUGGCUUUGAUUUCCAGGCUAUUAAGCAGUACUGAUUAAAGUCUCAGAUGGGUGUAGAACUUUGAAUUCAGUUAGCUUUAUCAGAAUCCCACUAUAACCUCUGGAAAAAUACCAUGCAGUGUACAAAUCAAGAGCCACCAAAGCACUUACGUUAAGUGAAGAAAGUUCUCAGAGCAUCUGAAGAUAUAACUGUUCAAACCAGAAAACAAAGUAAGAGGUCCCAGAUGCAACAAAAACAGUAAUGAGAAUAAAUGCUUCAAGAUUUUUUCCUCAUCGUUAUAGAACAAAUAUAUUCACUUCUUUCAAUGUGGGACCAGUUUUAUUGAAUUCAGAGCUACAUACGCACAUUCCUAAAGUUAAUCGCAUGCAUAAUGGCUUUGCUGUGUGAGAUAAUUCUGUAAAAAGUUUGGUCCAAGUUCAUCCUGCUUUGCUUGAGGCAUGUGACCAAUUUUUAGUUGUAGCUGCUGCUGGCACCCUCUGCGUCUCAUCAGGGAGACCAUCCUUAGACAGGCAGAGUCACAACCCAGAGGAGGCAUGUAGAGAGAUACACUUAUGAUUUUCUUUGUCAUUUAGAUGCCUAAAUGUAGAUGGGCAAAAGCUAAGCUCUCAAGCACAAGUAUGGUUUUACUUGUCACGUAAGUGACCAUACUGAGCUCAGUGGUAUGGAUGUAACAAGUUAUUAAUUUUAAUGUGUUUACAGGAUUGAGCCCAAAAUAUACUGCUUCUGCACAAAUCCAUGCUCAGUACAAGAUGGCCGCAGUAAUAAAGAAACAGAUUCAUUUAAAAUUGUUCACAAGCAAAUCUGCGUCUUGAUAUCAGGGAAUUGAUAUGUGUUCAUUCUGUGGGGUAGUUGAAUUCAUUCCUUUCUUUGCUAAAUAAAUGAGUGAUUAAAGAAAAUACAGCUUGAGUUCAUUUAAAAGCCAUUGUUUCAAAUAAAGGGUUUUGGGAUCUGUGAA